AUGACUCACAUUUCUGGAGUUCUUUCUGCGUGGUUGGCAUUGUUCUCGGUACUGGAAGAAGGCAGAAGUAAAAGCUCUGGAGGCUGGAGAUCAAGACGUUCCAAGAAGCGUCUGGCAGUGGCUUCUGAUCGGUGUGGCCUUCUUAAAGCUCAAAGCCGAACUAAAGCUCCUCGGCUGGGAACCCCUCCUGUAUGUGUGGAUGGCUUCUGCGCUGGACUCAGCGGUCCCACCGUGGUGUCUCUGUACCACUGCCCUCGGGCCGUCUGGCCUCAUGUCCAGAAGCAGCAGCCCCGACGUGUUGCCAUUGGUUACAUCAGCAAACCGUGGAAGCUUCUCCAGCCGGCGACUCUCAACUUACACUCCUUGGAUUUGGACUGGCAUCAAAUGCCAGCGUCCUCUCAAAAUGUAAGCAGCUGGAAGACGGGCUUUCUGGGAGCCUGA